CUCGCGAAAGCUCGCGGUCGCUCCGAGGCGCGCGCAGGCGGUCCUCCUUCGCUCCGUUUACCUGAGGGACCCGCGGCCACCCACGGCCGGCGCCGCAGCCCCCCAGGAGCCCGGCCCCGAGGUGUGAGAUAUUUCAAUCAAAGGAAGAAAUAGCUCUUCUCCUAAGAUGGAAUCUGUUGUUUGGGAAUGUGGUUGAUCAACUUGAUAUGUUGGCCAAGUGGUGCCCUGUGUAAUAAAAUGAAAAGAAGAGGCAAGAUGAUGUCAUUUUCCCAUAUUGUGAAACCAAAAACAAAUGCCUUUUGUGAGACCAAGUUAACAAACCUCUGACGGUGCAAAGAGUAUUUCUGUUUGAAGAACUUAACAGAAAGAUAGAAGAAGUACUUUCAAGUUGAGACCUGCAAGUGUACAAAGAUCCAAAAUACAUAUUGAGAAGGCCUGAUCAUCUGAGUCUCAUUCAGUCGAGGAAGCAUGGCUAUGAGUUGGAUCGUCUUCAUUCUGUGGCCCUUGACUAUGUUUGUGGGGCAUAUAGGUGGGCACAGUUUGUUUUUCUUGUGAACCUAUUACCUUGAGAAUGUGCAAGAUUUGCCUUAUAAUACUACCUUCAUGCCUAAUCUUCUGAAUCAUUAUGACCAACAGACAGCAGCUUUGCAAUGGAGCCAUUCCACCCUAUGGUGAAUUUGGAUUGUUCUCGGGAUUUCCGGCCAUUUCUUUGUGCACUCUACGCUCCUAUUUGUAUGGAAUACGGACGUGUCACACUUCCCUGCCGUAGGCUCUGUCAGCGGGCUUACAGUGAGUGUUCGAAGCUCAUGGAGAUGUUUGGUGUUCCUUGGCCUGAAGAUAUGGAAUGCAGUAGGUUCCCAGAUUGUGAUGAGCCGUAUCCUCGACUUGUGGAUCUGAAUUUAGCUGGAGAUCCUACUGAAGGAGCCCCAGUGGCAGUGCAGAGGGACUAUGGUUUUUGGUGUCCCCGAGAGUUGAAAAUUGAUCCUGAUCUUGGCUAUUCUUUUUUGCACGUGCGUGAUUGUUCACCUCCUUGUCCAAAUAUGUACUUUAGGAGAGAAGAACUUUCAUUUGCUCGAUAUUUCAUAGGAUUGAUUUCAAUCAUUUGCCUCUCUGCCACAUUAUUUACUUUUUUAACUUUUUUGAUUGAUGUCACAAGAUUCCGUUAUCCUGAAAGACCUAUUAUAUUUUAUGCAGUCUGCUACAUGAUGGUAUCGUUAAUUUUCUUUAUUGGGUUUUUGCUUGAGGACCGAGUAGCCUGCAAUGCAUCUAGCCCUGCACAGUAUAAGGCUUCCACAGUGACCCAAGGAUCUCAUAAUAAAGCCUGUACCAUGCUUUUUAUGGUACUCUAUUUUUUUACUAUGGCUGGCAGCGUUUGGUGGGUAAUUCUUACCAUCACGUGGUUCUUGGCAGCUGUGCCAAAGUGGGGUAGUGAAGCUAUUGAGAAGAAGGCAUUGCUAUUUCACGCCAGCGCGUGGGGCAUCCCUGGAACUCUAACUAUCAUCCUUUUAGCGAUGAAUAAAAUUGAAGGUGACAAUAUCAGUGGCGUGUGUUUUGUUGGCCUCUACGAUGUUGAUUCAUUGAGGUAUUUUGUUCUUGCACCCCUCUGCCUGUAUGUGGUAGUUGGGGUUUCACUUCUCUUAGCUGGCAUCAUAUCCCUAAACAGAGUUCGAAUUGAGAUUCCAUUAGAAAAGGAGAACCAAGAUAAACUGGUGAAGUUUAUGAUCCGGAUUGGUGUUUUCAGCAUUCUUUAUCUUGUACCACUCUUGGUUGUAAUUGGAUGCUACUUUUAUGAGCAAGCUUACCGUGGCAUCUGGGAAACAACAUGGAUACAAGAACGCUGCAGAGAAUAUCACAUUCCAUGUCCAUAUCAGGUUACUCAAAUGAGUCGUCCAGACCUGAUUGUCUUUCUGAUGAAAUACCUGAUGGCUCUCAUAGUUGGUAUUCCUUCCAUCUUUUGGGUUGGAAGCAAAAAGACAUGCUUUGAAUGGGCCAGUUUUUUUCAUGGUCGUAGGAAAAAAGAGAUAGUGAAUGAGAGUCGACAGGUACUCCAGGAACCUGAUUUUGCUCAGUCCCUCCUGAGGGAUCCAAAUACUCCUAUUAUAAGAAAAUCAAGAGGAACUUCCACUCAAGGAACAUCCACACAUGCUUCUUCAACUCAGCUGGCCAUGGUGGAUGAUCAGAGAAGCAAAGCAGGGAGUGUCCACAGCAAAGUGAGCAGCUACCAUGGCAGCCUCCACAGAUCCCGUGAUGGCAGGUACACUCCCUGCAGUUACAGAGGAAUGGAGGAGAGACUACCUCAUGGCAGCAUGUCACGACUCACGGAUCACUCCAGGCACAGUAGUUCUCAUCGGCUCAAUGAACAGUCACGACAUAGCAGCAUCAGAGAUCUCAGUAAUAAUCCUAUGACUCACAUCACACAUGGCACCAGCAUGAAUCGGGUUAUUGAAGAAGAUGGAACCAGUGCUUAAAUUGUCCUAAGAUGGAAAACUUGUGUUGUUUGAAAAGCAGAUUUUCUUCUUUGCCUUUGCAUGACUGAUUGCCAUAACUCACUGUUAUGACGCUUUCAGUCAGGUGCAGAUUGUGUCCAUUGAAAAGUAAAUUUUUGCUUUUUAUAAUGCAACAAACUUGGAACAUCAAGGCAUCCACAAUGCUAAGAAUUAUAUCAUCGCAUAAAUAAUUCUUAUUUCUAGGUUAUGAAGAAAUAAUUAUUUGUCUGGUAAGCAUUUUUAUAAACCCACUUGUUUUAUAUUUAGAAAAAUCCUAAAUGUGUGGUGACUGCUUUAUAGUGAACUUUCAUAUAAUAUCAACUAGUUGUGAGAUAACAUUCUGGUAGUUCUGUUAAUAAAACAAAAUUUCAGAAUUAAAGAAAUUUUCUAUGCAAGGUUUAUUUCUCAGAUGAAUAGUAGGACUUUGUAGUUUCCACUAAGUGAAAAAGAACUGUGUUUUUAAACUGUAGGAGAAUUUAAUAAAUCAGCAAGAGUAUUUUAGCUAAUAGAAUAUAAAAUCAACAGAAGAAUCUGAUUAGUCUAUUGAAGGCUCUUUUGAAAUUCUAUCAAAAUAAUCUUUAUUCAGAGAAAUACAGGAGCAGGAUUAGCGACGGAGUAAAAGCGGAGAUGGGCAUUUUUCCCAGUAAUUGUACUGUUUUUAUUACUUUUGUAAAUAUUACUUUUACUGGCUGUGUUUUUAUAACUUAUCCGUAUGCAUGAUGGAAAAUUUUUACUUUGUAGCCAUGUUUUCCCAUGUAGUAGUAUUGAUUCAUAGAGAACUUCAUGUUCAGAUAUGUUCUGUGAAAGCAUGUAAUAGAAUAAGCAUCACACAUUAUAAGGUUUUUUGUGGUAACCAUAAUUACAAAAUGGCAAAAUGUUUCCUCUGUAUUUGUUGUUGUAUUUUUCUACAGUGAGAUGUGAUCUUACCAAAGCCACCAGAUCUUGGUAUCCAGGCCCCUCCUAUCAGUGAGUUGAUUGUCUGCACUUGCAUUUCCCAGUAGCCAAUAGGCUACAGCUUUUGCCCCACACCCUUAUUUUCACAUUCUGGAUCAUUCUUGUUUAUAGCUGAAAUAUAUAUAACCUAAGUCCAAAGAGGUGAUUAAUUUGGGGUAUUUGAAAAUCAUUGUAGCUAAAUGGAGCAUGAUUAGUCCUGCUGUGAAGUAUCUUUUAAUCUUAAAAAUAUCAACUCAAAAAUGUUUGACAUUUUGUCUUGUAAAAUUUAAAUAAUUUAUAAUAAAAACUGU